GGCGACCGCGGCUGGUCCUGGCGGUCACGUGAGUGGCCAGCGCGCUUCCCCAUUGGCUGACCAAGUGGGGCUGGGGGAGCACGGAGGGGAGACGCGACACGGAGUAGCAGAAAAGUGGAGGACGGACUCACCAACAUCGCGGAAAUAGGAGGAAAGCCGAGUAAAGAGGAGGAUAAAAGACGGAAAGAAGGAUUUUGAACUGUUUUUUUUUUUUUUUAAUUAACGCAGGAGGUGAUGGCCGACAGCCGCGUGUUUCCCGUGUGGCGGGGGAUCGGGGCCGGCGUCGGAGGAAAAUGGAGUCAAGGCUGGGGUCGCUGCUUGCGAUGGGAGCCCCCCGCCCAGGCCGAUGGGGCCCGCCUCCCGGUGUCCGAGUACCCCGUGUGGUUGGUCAUCUGCCGGGGUGGACGCGCCCGGCUCAGCGAGGUGUGCCAGAGAGGGAGGGGCGCCAUCAAGCUGCCCACGAACAUGUUCGGCAUCACCUUCCCGCCUCUUUUCCAUGCCCAUCAGAUUCCCGAGGUGUUCCGCGAGGAAGGCAUCGUGUCCGGGUACCGCCACCCGCAGAGCUCAGUGCUGGACUGCCUCCUCAGCAGCUUCCACAUGAACAACGAGACGGUCAACAUCUGGACGCACUUCCUGCCAACAUGGUACUUCCUGUGGAGGCUGGGAGUCCUGUGCUGCACCACCAACUUCCUGACUGACAGCUACACCUGGCCGCUGCUGGUCUACAUGCUGCUCAUUUGCAUAUACCCUAUCACCUCCUGCCUGGCGCACACCUUCAGCACCAUGUCGCAGGAAUCCCGACACAUCUGCUACUUCUUCGACUACGGCGCGCUCAGCCUCUACAGCCUCGGAAGUGCUAUUAGCUAUGGUUGCUACGUGAUGCCAGACAGUUGGGUGAACAGUUGGCUCCAUCAGCACUUUGUGCCCAUCGCCUUUGGCAACUCUUUGUUCUGCACCAGCCUGUCCUGCUACUCACGGUCCUUGGAGGUCUAUUCCCCAAACAAAAGCAAAGUGUUGAGGACCACUGCCUUUGUCGUUCCCUUCAUCUUUGACAACCUUCCUGUUUUCUACAGGCUCCUCCUGUCCUGUGGGGGGAGCUCUAGCCCGAGCGAGGAGGACCUCAGCCACACCUACCAGGUGUCCUUUGCCCUCCUCACCUGCUUCCUCUUCACCUCGCACCUCCCUGAGAGGCUGGCGCCCGGACGCUUCGACUACUUUGGCCACAGCCACCAGCUGUUCCACGUGAGCGCCGUGGUGGCCACGCACUUUCAGAUGCAGGCCAUCAUCGGCGACAUGACCUCGCGGAGGGCGUGGCUUGUGGCGCAGGGAGCCACGCCCUCCCUCCAGGGCACCGCGGGGGUGCUGGUGGUCAGCCUGCUCCUCAACUUGGGCGUCAUCGCCAUCUUCAGCGCGCCGCUGCUCUGGAGGUCAUGCCGGACGCCGCGUGGCGACAUCAAAGAGCAGUGAGGGCGGGGCCUAACGGGAUCUUCUGUGUCAGUCAAGCGCUGAAGAUUCAGACAGUUGCGCGUUGCCAGGUCCCGGUGGACAAAGUGCAGAGACGCCAGGUACACCAUCCCCGAGGCGAUCUGGGCGGCGAUGUGCAGCAUCUGGGGCAGCGUCAGCUCGCCCACAGGCGCCAUCUUGGACUCCUCCAGGAUGCAGGCGUCGGGGCCGUGAGCGCUGCGAGAGACACACACAUUUUUUGGGGACUUUAGAUUAGAAUAGUUUAUUUCAAAGGGGACAAUGCAAUUACAUAAAACACAUGACUACACAUGGUUAAAAAAAGCCAGAAUUAGCCAGAAGGCUAGUUUUCAUCUGUAUGGCCAUGAUGCAAAAAAGCAGCAACAUUACAAUUUAAAAAGAAAUAUACAAUAUGAUCAAAAAUAAAAUACAACAUAACAUUUAUCUUAGCAUCAAAACAGGCUCAUCUUUUAGUGCUGGCAGCUGUGGGCAUUGAUAAGCCACAUUUUCAUUUUUUUUUGUGAAGGCCUUGUAAGUUGUGAGCAGUUUAACCUCCUCAGGUACUGACUUCCACACAUUUGUACUCCUUACUGACCGGGCAGAAUUACUGAAAGUGCUCCUGCGGAGAGGAAUAUAACAGUCACCUCUGACAGAGCCUCACGGCUGUUUCUUUGGCUGAUGAACUCUGCCAGAGGAUCUGGAGCCAAUUCAUGCAGUACUUUAUAGGUCACUUUUAAGUCUGCAAAUGUGUGAAGGCUGUCCCAGUUUAAAAUACUGUAUGUUUUUAGAAUGGCACAGUGAUGAUAGUGCUUAGGUUUUUUUUAAAUCCAUAACCUUAA